AUGCGCAUCCACGGCUUACAAGGCCAUCUCAUAUUGGCCGGGGUCCUACUUUUUGAAUUUACCUAUGGUGGUCUUUCUUUUAAAAAACUUGCCCACCUUGGUGAAGCUAUCGUGAACGGAGUCGUAGGUGCAGAGAGCCAGGCUUUCGAAGAAGUCCAAAGUCUCAUCAAAAGUCUGUCGACCUCAGGAAUGAUUCUCGACGGGAUUGGUCUCUUUGGAAAUUCGAUGCCAAUAUCAAAAGAAGCAUUGGAAGUGAUAAAUAAAUAUGACAAGUUUCAACCUUUAAAGAGGGAAGAUCUGGUGAAACUUGCCAAAUGCAAAGCCAAAGCUUCGAGUGACCUCCAAAAUGUCAACAAGCUCAAAGCAGAGAUCGGGACUUACAUGACGCAGGCAGUGAAAAUUUUCCCUACCAAAUCUACCAGACAAAAAACCAAGCUUGAUCCUCAGGCCAAAAGAAUCAUCGAGCAGAUGUCGGCGAUGGGUUUAUACCUUGCAAACAUGUAUAGUGCACUGAACGCGCUCAUAAUGCAUGCAUGCGGAGCGGCCGGUGGAGAUCAAACCGAUUUCAAGGCUCUUCCAAAAGCUGCCAAAAAGCUAUAUCAAAAAACAGGACACUAUGAAGCAGGGGACCCAUCUAUGGAAUUGAAAAGACUUCUGAGGUCGCGGCUGCUGCGUCGCGCUCCCCGUGACGGCCACGGAAACCACAAACAUUUGCAUUCAUUCAAACUACCACAUAUACCUCGAUGCCCUGCACCCCUUUGA